AUGUCGUUGCUCCGUCAGAUGUUCGGCGGUAGCAAGAAGCGCUCGUCCAACAAGGAAAAUGACCCGAAGCGCGGCGACCUCAACCGCUCGAAUUUGCACGGCUUGGAGCGCAUCAGCGAGGAUUCGAUGCUUGAAGAUCACUCGAGGCGCCACAUGGAGCUGGCCCCUUCGAAUCCGUACAGCAUCGUGACAGCGCCAAGGACGACGCGAGGCCCACAAUCAUGCCCCGGCGGAGUUCAGCGCGAUUUCGAUCACAGAGCUCUUAGAAACACGCAACCCCGGCAUGAGUUGAACGCCUCGCUGCGGAUGGAUGUGCGGCGGCCAAAACAAGACAAGCGCCGCGUUCAGUACGACGACGAGCUCGACUGGGAAGAGGAAGAGGAGCCGCAGAGUUAUGUGGAUCAGCGAAUGGCCCAGAUGGAGCGCAAGCUGAACCAGUACAAACGUCGUGAUCGGCAUUUGCGCGAGGAGCUGGCCAACGUCAACGCCGAGCUGAGCGACCGCACGGAGCAGGAGGUCGAAUGGCGACGUACUGCCGCAUACUAUGAGCAGCGGUAUCUGGAGUCUCAGCGACAGCUAGGCACUGAACGCGCUAAACUGAAGCGCCUGACGAAGGAGCUGAAGAAGGCGAAUGACAGAGUGCACGAGCUAGAAGCCGAUUCCGGAAAUGACUCUGCGCAUCUUCUCCUCGCCUCCCGGCACUCGCAGCACAGCAUCCCGAAAAGCUACACCAGCGACAGCGGGGCCGGCGAGGCGUUGUGCAACAUCACCGCCGAACCGUUGUAUGAGAACGAGAAGCAGCCGUUGUCCCUCUACCGCCAGCACAACUUCAACACGGAGGAUUUUGACCGGGAGGGUGAUGAGGUGCGCAACUACCGCAACCGAAACGAUGGGCCGGGGCUCGAAUCGGCGCGGGCCGCCCACGAGCACGUGUCGCUCAGCCGCCAGACGACCGACACGAAGCUGUCCGGCGAGGGGGCGGUGCGGAUUCGCCGUGCCGCCUCUGAUACGGACAUCACGUCCGUCGACCGCGCCCACGCCAACAAGAGCCUUGUGGAGAGCAUGGCCCAGUGCUCAACGUCAGCAACACCGAAGCGCCGCAACCACAUGGACGAGCCGUUCAUUCCGAAUUACGACACGUCGUCGGCGAGCAGCGGCGACGAGCGCUGCGCCAUCAUCCAGCGCCAACUGCGCCGACGCGGCGAGUGUGUCCGCUACAACCCGCCUCGACAGCAGAUGAGCCAGCGUCAUUUCAAGCCAAAGUUCAGCAAGUACGAGCGCGACGCGUUGGCCGAGUUCAACUACCUGAUCGACAUGAGCACCGACGUCUCCGGCCUGCUCAGCAGCCCCGACGCCAAGAAA